ACUGAAAGAUCAAGAAUGUGGAUCUUUGGAAGAAAAGGAUCAUCAGGAUUUUCAGCAUCAUCAACAGCUGAAGAAGUUACCGAUGGAAUCGAUGGAUCAGGUCUUACCGCAAUUGUUACAGGAGCUACAAGUGGUAUCGGGGCUAAGACUACGCGAGUCCUUGCCAUGCGUGGUGUGCAUGUAGUUAUGGCGGUACGAAACAUAGAAAAAGGUGUAACCGUCAAAGAAGCUAUACUAAUGGAAACACCUAAUGCUAAAGUCGACGUAAUGGAGUUAGAUCUGAGCUCUCAGGCGUCGGUGAGGGAUUUCGCGGCCAAAUACUGCUCUUUGGGCCUUCCUUUGCACAUUUUAAUUAACAAUGCAGGGGUUUUGUCUCCGCAAUUCAAGCUUUCGAAGGAUGAAAUCGAACUACAUUUCGCAACUAAUCAUUUAGGUCAUUUUCUUUUGACGAAUCUGUUGUUGGAGACGAUGAAGAUAACUUCAUAUGAACAAAAAACACAAGGACGAAUAAUCAACGUAUCGUCUAGAGGUCAUCGUUAUGCAUACAAUCGACCUUUCUCUGAUCAAAUAAACGAUGAAUCAAGUUAUAAUUCUCUAUAUGCGUACGGACAAUCAAAACUGGCUAAUAUACUUCAUGCUAAAGAGCUAGCGAGGCGUUUAAAGGAUGAGGAGGUCAACAUCACUGCAAACUCAUUGCAUCCCGGAUUCAUAGUCACUGAGAUUUUCCGUAGCUACAAUGUUUUCUCAGUUAUCUGCAACGCGGUUUUGAAGUACUUCGUGAAAGACGUUUCGCAGGGAGCGGCAACCACAUGCUAUCUAGCUUUAAACCCGAAAGUAAAAGGCGUCACAGGCGAGUAUUUUUCUGAUAGUAAUUUGGCGAAACCGACUCCUAGAGGUGAAGAUCAAGAGUUAGCCAAAGAGUUAUGGGAGUUUAGCUCGGGCUUGACUAGCUCCAAGUGAAGCGAUUUAAAAUGUGUCUUUCGCUCAAUGAAUCACGACCGUUUACUAACAAACUUUAUCUAAAUUUAACAAAAAUAUGUAAAGAAUAAAUGUAACAAAACUUGUAUAUAAAUCUAUGGUGAAGUAUGCAUUUGAACAUUACCUAUAA